GGCGUCCCGGAACGAGAGCCACCUUAGUGCUACCGGGCCUGCGGGAGCUGCUCGGGGCCGGAGGACUCCAGCUGCCUGCGCUGCAAGAGGGGCUGGAUGCUGCACGACCACCGGUGCAUUGACAUAGACGAGUGUGGCACGGAGAUGGCGCACUGUCGGGCCAACCAGUUCUGCGUCAACACGGAGGGCUCCUAUGAGUGCCGAGACUGCUCCACGGCCUGCAUCGGCUGCAUGGGCGCUGGCCCUGCCCGCUGCAAGAAGUGCAACAAGGGGUACCGGCGGGACGGCGCCAAGUGCCUCGACGUGGACGAGUGUGCCAGCAUGGAGGAGCCUGUGUGCUCUGGGGUGCAUGAGGUCUGCGAGAAUACAGACGGCGCGUAUCGGUGCGUGUGUGCUGAGGGCCACGUGCGCAGGGACGGCGAGUGCAUCGAGGACAAGCCGCCAGAGUCCCCGCCCAAGGGCUUUUUCGACGAUGUGACAGAUGACGAGGUGGUGGUGCUGCAGCAGAUGUUCUUCGGCGUGGUGAUCUGUGCACUGGCCACGCUGGCUGCCAAGGGUGACAUGGUCUUCACCGCCAUCUUCAUCGGCGCUGUGGCUGCCAUGGCCGGCUACUGGCUCUCAGACCGCGGUGACCGCGUGCUCGAUGGCUUCAUGAAGGGCAGAUAGUGCGGGCGGCUCCCUGGGCAGGGCGGGCUGUGCCUGGGGCUCAGGCAGAGGGUCCGUGCACAUGGGGCCUGGGUGAGAGCGGGCCCUGCGGCUGAUGGCAUGGCCUGUGCCCUGUGCGUUUCCAGUGCAGCCCCAGCCCCGCACCAGUUCAGAGCCCAGUGGGCCGGACCUCUCAGGGCCAGGCGCUGGCUGUGCCCCCUUGACUUUGCCCCUGUGGGUCCAGUACCUGGUGAACAGCACCCACAGUGCCAGCGGGACUGUGGCAUCUCCUGAAGGGCCCCAGUUCAGUUGUGGGGCUUUUGAGUCCCCCAAAGUGGGAGCUGGCCAAGGGGGACUGGUGCCUAGGGGAGCUCCUGUGCUCUGAGGCCAAGGUCCCUGUGGCCCUGGGACUUGACUGGACUGAGGUGGGGCUGUUGGGGACCCAGGCCCUUGCCCUGUAGCCCCCUCCCAGCUCAGGCUGCUCUGCCCUCCCUGUCCAGCCCUAUUGCCUCUGCAGCGCCUCUCCUCCCAGAGGGACCCCAGUGUGGCAGCAGCAGCUGUGGGCCCUGCCCUGCUCUGCUGCAUUGCAGCUUGUCUACAUGAGCCCUGCACUCUGCCUGCCCCGAGGAGCUACCCGGCUGCUUCUCAGCACUCCUGCCAGCCCCUCGCUGCUAGCAGACCCCCGCCCCCGGCUUUGCUGGGCCCUUCGGGGGCCCAGAGCUGCACUGCUGGCCUGCUGUUUCCCAGCCCAGGGAGCUGGCCACCUCCCCCGGCCCUAGUGUGCCACGCCCGCCCUGCCCAGCUGCGAGACCGCCAGGCAGCUGCGAGAUGGGCCUGGCACGCUGGACACGGGGCAGUGGGAGGACAUCCAUCUGCCCUCUUGACUUUAGGGCUCAAUGUCCGUGUUAGGCAGGUCCCCUUCAGGGCCUGAGCUGGGGGCAGCUGCAGCACGGCCUGGCAGCAAAGGGCAGUGCCAGGGCACCCUGGGCCUGGCAGCACUGCCCCCAGCCCGGGGCAGGGGCCACCCCCGUCCCCUCCCUGCUGCAGCCCCGGGCUGGGCGGCACUGGGCCCCGCCUGUGCAUGAGCCUCCCCCCUGCGCGGCCGCGUGUGUCUGCUGCAGCUCAGGAAAAUAAAAGUUCAUCCCCCACCGA